CCCGCCAUUUUAAGUUUACAGAGGUUGCGAACAUCCGCAUUGUACUAGUUGACGCACUGCGUUUCGGUUAAGUCGGUAGGAUUUUCUUAACGUGCAUACACGGAAACCAUAACAAGUGAGCCCACCAGGCCUGUAUGUAUAGAACGGCUCCACUUAAAUUCGAUGGUGUAAUUUGUCUUUGGACGUUGGAUGAGUGAAGGUGAAAAAUGACGCAGUUUUUACCCCCGAACCUUUUGGCCCUCUUUGCCCCGCGGGACCCAAUCCCCUUUCUGCCUCAACUGGAGAAGUUGCCGCACGAGAAGCACCACAACCAACCUUACUGUGGCAUCGCCCCGUUUAUCAGGCACUUUGAGGAUCCUAGAGAUGCCCCUCCACCCACAAGGGCAGAGACCCGUGAAGAACGGUUAGAGAGAAAGAGGAGAGAGAAAAUUGAAAGGAGACAAACGGUGGUGGAGACUGAACUGAAACUCUGGGACCCUCAUAAUGACCCAAAUGCACAAGGGGAUGCCUUCAAGACGUUGUUUGUUGCAAGAGUGAACUACGAUACUACAGAAUCCAAGCUUCGCCGUGAGUUUGAAGUCUAUGGCCCCAUUAAGCGGAUCUACAUCGUCUACAACAAAAGGACGGGGAAGCCUCGUGGGUAUGCCUUCAUUGAGUACGAGCACGAGCGUGACAUGCACUCCGCCUACAAGCACGCCGAUGGGAAGAAGAUCGAUGGCAGGAGAGUGCUGGUGGAUGUUGAACGAGGACGCACUGUCAAAGGAUGGCACCCUCGUAGACUAGGCGGAGGUUUAGGAGGGACCAGAAGAGGUGGUGCAGAUGUCAACAUCAAGCACUCGGGCAGAGAUGAUGCAUCUCGCUACGAUGAUCGCCCCCUGGGAGGCGACCGUGAUCGCGGAGAGCGUAGGGAGCGUAGUCGUGACAAGGAGAGAGAGCGUCGGAGGUCCCGGUCCCGCGAACGCCGCCGCCGCACCCGUUCUCGCGAGCGCGAAAGGGAGCGAGAGAGGCAGCCGGCACCAGGGGAGGAUGUUGCCGCUAGUGGUCGGCGUCGAGACAGGGAGCGCGAGCGUGUGGCACCGCCUGGGGGAGACAGCAGGAGUAGAGAAAGGAGUAGAGAUCGGGACCGGAAGAGGAGGAGCAGAAGUCGGGAUCGCAAGCGCGAGCGCGAGAGAGGCAAGGGGCCUGAAGGAGAGGAUGUCAGCCAGGGAGAAGGGGCCCCUGGUGGCCCCGAGGGCGGCGAGCGUGUACCAGAAGAAGCCGACGGAGAAGCAGGUGAGGGUGCGGAGGAGCGCAGGGACAGAGAAAAGGAUAGGGACCGCAGACGCAGCCAUAGGGACAGAGACAGGCGUAGGGGGGACAGGGACCGGGACCGGGACAGGGAUCACAAGAGGGAGCGGGGAGAACGAGAGAGGGGUGAGCGCAGGGAGGAGCGUCACAGCUCCUUGCGAGAAGACAUGGGCCCUCAAGAUGAAAUGGCCAACGAGGAGGGAGAAGAAGCGCCCAACAUGGAGGAGUACAGUCAAGAUGGAAUGACGGACCAGCAGUCUGUGCCCGAUGAAUAUGCUUCUGGUGAGAAUGGCUACAAGAUGGAGACAACAACUGGAGAUGAGUACUAACUUAGACCCGCCCCCACAAACUCGCUCGUAAAAAUGUUUCCCAUUCUACUGUUCUGUGAGCCCAAAUUUACGCUUCGCUCUGCCUUCCUCUCAACAAGAAAUGAUACCGUUUGUUGCACAUGACGACGUUCCCAAUGUGGAUUUGCCCAUCAGUCUCGUUUUAAGCAAUUCAAACUCUUCCUUUUGUCUUGGUUUGAGGAAGGUGCUCUGCAGCCCAAAACGCGAGCGGUCCCAUUUUAUUUCCAGCUUUAUUAAGCGUUUGAUUCUAAGUCCAGUUGGUUACAGAUGCUUUAUGUUUAGAGUUUGUGAAAUUUGAAGGUAAUUGUGACAAUUUAGUUGUUUCAAGCUCAAUUAAAAUUUUUUUUAAAUUAUA